GCCAUGUGAGCCAUGGAGGCGGCGGCGGCGGGCGGCGCGGCGGGGUUGGCGGCGCUGCUGGGAGGCAGCGCUUCCCCCCACCUCCUCAUCGUCUCCGCCGCCGAGGAACCCCCCUCGGGGGUUGUUGUUGGCGGGGGGGGGGGUGGUGGUGGUGGUCAACCGGACACCGACCUCCUCCUCUUCGCCACGCCGCAACCCGCCCGUCCCGGCGCCGCGCCCAGACGGCCAGCCUUGGGCCGACCGCCGGUGAAGAGGAAGCUGAACUUGGAGACUGAUCACCAGUACAUCGCAGAGAGCCUGCCUGUGGGCCGGGGCAAGGCCAGGAACCCCAUCAGAGGGGCCAAGUCUCCUGGGGAGAAGUCCCGCUACGAAACCUCGCUGAACCUCACCACCAAACGCUUCCUGGAGCUGCUGAGCCAGUCACCUGAUGGCGUGGUGGACCUCAACUGGGCGGCCGAGGUCCUGAAGGUGCAGAAGAGGCGCAUCUACGACAUCACCAAUGUCCUGGAGGGCAUCCAGCUCAUCACCAAGAAGUCCAAGAACAACAUCCAGUGGCUGGGCAACCAGGCCACGGUGGGGGCUCCCGGCCGGCACCGGCUGCUGGAAAAGGAGCUGCGGGAGCUGCAGGCGGCUGAGAGGCAGCUGGACGACCUCAUCCAGAUGUGCACGGUGCAGCUGCGCCUGCUCACCGAGGACCCCGACAACCAGCACGCAGCCUACGUCACCUGCCAGGAUCUCCGCAGCGUUGUAGACCCCUCGGAGCAAAUGGUGAUGGUUAUCAAAGCCCCACCAGAGACCCAGCUGCAGGUCUCAGACCCAGAGGAGGCUUUCCAGGUCUCCGUGCGAAGCACUCAGGGCCCCAUCGACGUCUUCCUCUGCCCCGAGGACAGCUCGGGGGUCUGUAGCCCCGUCAAGAGCCCCUUCAAAGCCCCCCCAGAAGAAUCCUCUCCAAGCCAUUCGCAGUCCAGAGCCUCCCCGCUCCUGCAUCCCGCCCAGGACGUGAACAUGCCACUGCUGCCCGGAGAGCAAGAGACGCUGCUGCCGGGGCCGAGUGGGGUGCCCGGCAAGUGCCCGGCAGAGGAGGUGAGCCUCUCGCCACUGGCUUCCAUGGACGCCCUCCUGGAGCACAGCAGGGAGGAUUUUUCGGGAUUCCUGGCGGACGAGUUCAUCAACCUGUCGCCGCCGCAGGCGCAGGACUAUCACUUCGGCCUGGAGGAGGGCGAGGGCAUCAGCGAGCUCUUUGACUGUGACUUUGGGGACUUCACGCCCUUGGACUUCUGAGGCUCUGCCCGGAUGCUCGG